AUGCCCGCCUCAGACAUCGCACAAGAAUUCGACUCGAUAGAGGAUACAAUCGAAGCGUUCAGAAAUGGCGAAUUCAUCGUCGUCCUGGACGACCUCUCGCGCGAGAACGAAGGCGACCUGAUAAUCGCCGGAUCCGACGUAACGCCCGAGAAAAUGGCCUUCAUGGUCCGCCACACCUCGGGGCUAAUCUGCGCGCCCAUCCCGCCCAGUCUGUGUGCUGAGCUCGACCUCCCGCAGAUGGUUACCAACAACGAGGAUCCGAACCGCACCGCGUACACCAUAUCCAUCGAUGCCGAUGCGCCGGAGACUACCACGGGCAUCAGCGCCCAUGACAGGGCGCUGACGUGCCGGACGUUGGCGAGCAAGACGGCGACGAGGGAGAGCUUCAGAAGACCGGGACAUGUCUUUCCCUUACGGGCGAGAGAAGGUGGCGUGAGGGAGCGGAAGGGUCAUACCGAGGCUGCAGUGGAGUUUUGCAGGUUGGCGGGGAAGUCGCCCGUGGGCGUCAUAUGCGAGAUGGUGGAGGAUGGGGCGGAGGUUGAGGGCCGCGCAGAACGGGCAUUGCCUGGCAUGAUGAGGAGAGACGGAUGUCUGGCGUUUGGCAAGAAGUGGGGGUUGAAGGUUUGCACGAUUGAGGAUUUGGUGGACUAUGUUGAGCGGACGGAGGGGAAGCUGACGAAACUUGCUGCGAAUGGGGCAUCAUAA